ACCUAACCCUAUACAUUUAUCUCUUAAAAAAAAAACAAAUAAUAAAAGCGGACAUUAGCAACUCCUUUCCAACUAAAAAAAUAUAUAUAAUUUGAAUAAGUAGUUAGAAUUUCCCAAAAACAUAAAAAUCAAUGAAUGUCAUAACAUGUCUAAGAAGAAUCAACUCAAGUUUUCCACCAAAAUUUCAAUUAGUAAAACGAGUUUCUUCUAAACCACUGAAUAAGGAUGAAAAUGUUUCACAGCCAUUUCAUUUGACUAAUGAUUUACCUGACUAUUUGACAAUUUGUGAUAAACUGCGAGAUGAACCAAAAGAAGUCUUAAACUUGAUGAAGUCUAUGGUGGUGCAUUAUAAUUUUUUAAAUGAAGAUGAAGAAAAAAGUCUUAUGGAUGAACUAGAUCCAUACAUGAAGAAAUUGCGGUAUGAAUUUGAUCACUGGGAUGAUGCUAUUCAUGGAUAUAGAGAAACUGAAAGAUUGAAAUGGGACGAAGAAAAUACAAGAAUUUUAGAUAGGGUCAGAUGUAUUGCUUUUCCUUCCAAUGUAGCUCCUCUAAAGCAUGUUCAUAUUUUAGACCUAGAUAAGAACGGAUGGAUUAAACCUCAUAUUGAUGCAGUGAGGUUUUGUGGAGACACAAUUGCGGGUCUUAGCCUUCUCACAGAUAGUAUAAUGCGUCUAGUACAUGACAAGAAUAAGGAUUGGUAUGCACACAUUUACUUAAAAAGGAGAUCACUGUAUAUUAUGAAGGGAACUGCAAGAUUUGAUUAUACACAUGAAAUUCUUAGUAACGAACAUAGUGUUUUUAAAGGAAACAAAGUAUUUAAAGAUAGGAGAAUUAGCGUUAUUUGUAGAAAUGAGCCAUCUGCAGAACAUGCAGAGAGCUAAGUGACCAUUUUAAAAAUAAAGAAUAUUUGUUACUGUU